UUUGCACGUGUUGCAAUCUCCAGAACUCUGGUUACUGCCACUAAUCUAGGGUUUUGUGAUUUCUCAAGUGUGAUCUUAUCCUCCGAAAUAGCCCAUCAAAAUAAUGAGUUCAACGAGAAUACGUGGAAAAAAACAAAAAGUUGAAAGAAAUUCCGGAAAGGAGGAAGAAAAUGACCAACCAUCAGAUCUGAUUGAACCACAGUCACAGAAACUAUACAAGAGAAUUAUCAUCCGCAUUGUCCUUGUGGUUGGUUCACUCCUGUUCGUCCGUUUCUAUCUCCCUGGGGUUGGUAAGAACACUACCAUUGCCAGUUCAGGAGAAAUUAUUGAUCGCAGACACAUCAGUAUCGAGUGUUCAAAAGAUUAUGAAGAGGAAAAGGACAGAUUUGAAGCAUGCAUUCCUAAGUCCUGUGGGAGAGUUGUGAUGGAUUCAGUAAUUACACAAGAUGAAGCAGCAAAACUUCAAGAUAUAGCGAAGAGAGGGUUAGCUUUGGGAGGAUCCAAUGGUGGGGCAUCCAUCCUAGAUCUGCACUCAGGAGCUUUAUCGGCAGGUGACAAGUUUGUUGAUGUGUUCAGGGUCAUGGAGAAUAAGAAAGUGUUUACUCAAGAAGAUUUCAAUUUAUACAGGGCGGUGAAGAAUAAAAUCCAUCGAACGAUAUCUCAAGAGUUUGGAAUCCCUCCAGGGGAGCUGUUUCUAACCAAGCCAACAUUUUUCUCUCGCAUGACCACAAAGCCUAAGAAGACUGUGCAUGAUGAGUACUGGCAUCCUCAUGUAGAUAAGGAAACAUAUGGUUCGUUUCACUACACGUCUCUGCUCUACUUGGCGGAUUAUGGGACGGACUUCACUGGAGGACGCUUCGUCUUCAUAGACAAAGAUACAAACAGGACGGUUGAGCCAAGGCAGGGACGCCUGUCCUUCUUCACAUCUGGGUCAGAGAAUGUCCAUUUUGUGGAAAAACUAGAAAGUGGUACGCGAUACGCCAUCACCGUCUCGUUUACUUGUGAUGCUACGAAAGCCAUAAAAGAUCCUGUACUGCGAUAGGCGUUUCAGCAACAUUCAUCAACACAUUGGGUGAUAUGAAUAAAGACUAGCAAAUGCUUUUAGCUUUUACUCCGGUUUUGUACAGGAAGGCCUAGUGUAAAUGUACAUGGAGAUUUAGAUAAAAGCAUUUGCUAGUCGUUAUUCAUAUCACCCAUUGAUUCAUUCCAUUUUUGUCAUUCUACACUUGUGUGUUACAACAUUAAUCAUGCCAGUCAUUCUGAAUGUAGAGUAUUGUAUGUAGACCUAAAGCCACUUUCAUUUCUUGGACAUGCUAUGGAAGAGCUGACAACAGUGGUGAUAUUCUGGGAGUUAUCAGGUUUAGCAAAUCUGGUUUUAAAUAUUACUUUAAUUUAUGAUUCUAAGAGUUUUCAUGUAGUGCUAUGGGAUGGAGUUAUCUGCCAAUAUCUCCUAUCGGACAUUAAUGUUUAUUUAUUUGACUGAGAUAGAUUGAGGUUACUUUGCUAAGUAGAAUUGUAUCUCGAAUUGUGUUCAUGUAUUGUCAGCUGAACUAUAUUAGCUCAAUUAAAGCCUUUAUGUUGUAAACCAAUGAUCAAAUCUAUAUGUAUAAAGCAUCACUGACGAGGAAGGAUGAGUUAAAUUUUGUACUGAAGCUAUGCUUUAAAAGUGUUUUCAGACAAGGCUACCCUAAUACCAGGUAGAUCCAGGUUAUUCCCAAUAAUGGGGAUUUUUGAUAAAAACGGCAUUAUAAAAACAAAUCUGUAUUAUGAAUACAUGUACA